AUGGCACGUCGCCGGAAAACGUUGCAUGGCCCUGAUCCGCAGAAGGAGAAGUUAAUUACUCCAGAUAAUGGUAUUCAAAAGGAAUUAUCUCCGCUAACUUUUGGUAAUUUUCUACCACAGAAGUUUCAAUCGAUUGAGGAAGGAGAUGAAUUAAGCAGCUCAGAGGAUGAAUCUCAAUUAAAGGCAGUGAAAAUGGAAGAGCAAUUGAACUCAACGGUAAGGCAACUCCAGUAUUCAGAAGCUAGUGGAUCGAGAAAGCCCACGCCUACAGCAGCUGAUGUUGUUCGUGGAAAUCGCAGCUUACAAAUGGGUAAAUCACUUUCAUAUGUGCCUCCAGUUGAUAGAGAAGGUAAGAAAGUGGUUAAACUAUGUGCGGAUGAUCUGAAAGCACAAGAGGAAUAUUGGAAAACUGCUUUGAUAGGGUAUGUGAUUGGGGAAAAUCCGUAUGAAAAGGCUAUGGAGAAUUAUAUGCUUAAUGUGUGGAAUUUUGUAACAAAGCCUAAGAUCCUUAUGCAUGCUGAGGGGUAUUGUAUUUUUCGAUUCAAUUCCACAGCGGACAGGGAUCUAGUGCUGCAAUCUGGACCCUACACAUUUCGAAACAAGCCUGUGGUACUUAGAAUCUGGGAAAUUGACUUCACGUUCAACAAAGAUGUGCUAAGCACAAUUCCAGUGUGGGUGAGGUUCCCAGGGCUGCCGGUGGGAUUUUGGUCUACUGAAGCACUUAGUAAAAUGGCUAGUGCUAUUGGUAAGCCAUUAUACACUGAUCGAUUUACUGCUCACUAUGAGAAAAUCUCCUAUGCUAGAGUAUUAGUAGAAGUGGAUGAUGCUCAUAUGCUCCCUGACCAAAUUGAAGUGGAAACUCCUUAUGGCCAAAUGACUCAAGACAUUGAGUAUGAUUGGAAACCUACCUUCUGCAAUGAAUGUCUAAGAUUUGGACAUGACUCAAUGGAUUGCUGGUAUAAUAUGAAAGAGGAGAAGAAGCAGGAGCAAGGGGAAGAAUCUGAAGGAGAGAAUAAGGGGGAAAGGCAGAGAAAAAGGAAAAAGAGGCAGGGGAAGAUCAUAAAACAAACCUGGGUUGUAAAGCAGAACCAAGUGAAUGAAGAGAAUCAACCAAAAGAAGACACAGUGGAAGUACUACAAUGUAUGAGCAGGAAAACAGAAAACACAGGAGGAAAUGUACUACCUAGAGGUGAUGAAAGGAAGAAAAGCAGCAUAGCUGUCAAUGUGAUCAUGAAUUCAGGAAUGGAGGGACAGAGUGAAAAAGAAAAAUCUGAAGCUGACUACAUUCAGAAGGAGAGAAGUGGUCAUCAAGCUGAGCCUAGACCACCUGAUCCUUUAAAAUCCAAAUGA